AUGACGACCAAUAUUGUCGAGUUUUUCAAUGCUUUGACACGGACUGCUCGCGCUUUGCCUAUUACUAUAUUGGUAGAGUUUCUUCGAAGCACGUUGCAAUAUUGGUUUUUCAAUAGACGAAACAUGACUGGUGAGAGAUCUCACCCGUUAACACCAUAUGCUGAGGACAAGCUUGCUCAACAUGUGUUCAAAUCUGCCAACAUGGUUGUUAAACCAAUCAACAUGCAACAAUACGAAGUUCAUGAUUCACGACAACAAGUGUUCAUCAUGAAUCUUCUAUAUCGAACGUGUGAUUGUGGAAAAUUUCAACAUUCCCAGAUUUCGUGUGCACACGUUGCAGCUAUAGCAAAGUAUAAUAACCUAUCGGACUGUGUAGGCUGGGUCAGUACGUACUACUCUAUUGAAUAUUUACGUAGGGUGUACGAAGAAGAUAUUAAUCCACUAGGGGAUCAAUCAACUUGGGCACCAUCAAAUAUGUCUGUGAUUUAUCCUCCAGUGAUGGAGCAAUGA